AUGAAACCAGAAGAUGUCGAAACGAUCUUCGACUCCCUCUUCAUCUCAUGCAAACCCGGCCUCAACCCAUAUGGCGAUACGAGCGCGCUCGUAGCAUCUCGUCAAUAUCCGAGUAUCCGCUCUUUCCUGCGCAAAUUGGAGAACUUGAAUGCGCCACAACUCGAGGAUUUGCGCAUGGACUUGCAGUGGGAAUCAGAUGUGGCCAAUAUCUUUGUGGAGGUUCCUCGCAAGGUGUUCGGGGGCCAUUCCUUGGAACGGUUACGCAGUGCCCGGCUCAACUACGUCCUUUUGCGAAGUCCACGCACAUUCGUCUGGCCCGCGCUUCGUGAGGCAGAAUUGACAAACUCGCAGGCGUGGGACAGCUCUGCGAGUUUCAUCGCGUUCUUCAGCGGCGUCCCUCUACUUGAGGACUUCAAGUUCACCCGAAACUACGGAGGUACCGGUGGCGGGCUGCCUGCUCUUGACACUACUUCCGUCGAUGGACUGCCGCCAUUACGCUCCAUACCAUUGGUCAAUCUAAAGAGCUUCGUGCUUCACGGACCGUACUACGAUAUUUUCUUCACGUUGGCGCUUCUCGGCAUCCCCUGCACCACAUCAAUAUCGCUCACCCUUACUGGUCGGUGGAUCGCAGAGUUCGCCAAACAGAAGCUACAAAUCAUGCGCGACGCGUUGGCGGUCCAUUUUGCCCUGGCCGCUCAAGCAGAUACAUCGUUCGACUCGGUCACAUUCACAGGACGCGUGAUGUCCGCCAAAAGCCUUGUUUCCUCUUCCACAAGAUCGACGGAUGUUCUACCUUCCACCUUCUCUAUCAGCAUCAUUCCCGACGAAGACAUCCUCUCUGGCAGAGCUGAACUCGAAGCGCUCGACACGCUCGCAUCGCAUCCGGUCUUCACUCGUACACCAAAUCUCACGCUCAAGUUCCCCACCGACGACCAGGACGAUGGUACCCGCACCCACUUCACAAAUUGUCUGAAGCUCGCGGAGAUACGGCACAUCUGCGAGCUGUUCACUUCAUUCAAGACGCUCUCGUUGCAUGGCACAUACCUGUGCGGGUUGUUUUGCCAUAGUAUCCUGCACAAGACAACCAUGACGAGCCUUAGGACGUUGCGUCUCGUUGGCGUAGAGCUGAGUCAGAACUGGGAGGAGCGGAAGAGCUGCGUCAUGAUCGAUUUCAUAUUGAAGGGGAUACGCUCUCUCGGAGAGCGCUUCGAACGACUGGAGCUGGAACGAUGCAUCGUGAGAGAGGCGGAUCUUUGGGAGUUGCGCAAGGGGUUGAGAAGGGGAGGGAUGCUCGUGCUCGUGCCGCAGUAG